AAGUUUCGGGUGUGUUUAUUGUUUUUUAAAAAAACAACUCUAUUAAAAUGAAAACUAUCGAUUUCUCAGUCUUUGAUAAGAAAGUUGAAUGCAACAACAUAAAUGGCUGAAAUCAUUCGAAAUCCAAUAUUUCAGUAUAAUUUGUCUGAACUACUUAAAAAUGAUUGGUAUUACAUUGGUAUUAUCUUAGAUAUCGAAGAACGUGAUUUAGAAUCAAUUAGAGAUGAUGUAAAAUUUAAAAACAGCCAGGAAAAAGCUUACGGAAUGUUGAAAUGCUUUAUUAAUAAAGAAAAACCAACAUUGGACAAAUUAAAAGAUGCCAUUAAAAAAAUUGGGAAAAAUGCUUUAUUGAAUGAUGUGAAUAAUCUUGAAGAUUCGUUUAUGGAAGAGUCUUCUAAUUCACAAGAUAACACCAACAAAAGGAAUUCUUCAUUAAAAAGUG